AUGGAUUUGGACCUGAAAUGCAACAAUCUGUCUUGUAGGAAGACUUUGACGGACAAGGCUGUUGUGGUAAGCAUGGAAACCUCCGUCCACCACUGCGCCAAUGAGCUAUUCACGUCUGCGCAGCUAUGUCCAGCCUGCGAGACCCACUUGUCCGAACCCGAUGAUGUUGUGGUCUCAUCAUUACAUCCAUCCAAUGACUAUAAAACGUCUGUCCUAUCGGGUCUCGGGCCUUCGCUCAUCCUUGAAAUAUGCGGAAGAGCUAUGUCAUUCUGGCAGUACCAAACACAUCAAGAAUACUCGUUUCAGCAAGCUGUUCUGAAGAAUAUGAACGAACGGAAUGCUCAACUACAGAAACAGCUUGAUAACGUCAUUCGAGAAGGUCUUAUCCUGCAUAUAUGCUAUCUUCCUGAAUCGAUCUGA